GUCGCACUCAUAUGGAAAUAAAUUAAAAUAUGAUAUUAUAUUUAAGUUCUUUCUAUUAUAAGACUAUUCCUAAAUUGCGGAAUGGGUUGAAUUAUAAAAGAUAUCAUAAAGUUGCCUUGAGUCAUUUUGAUCCAAAAUCAUUUAUUGAUUAUGAAACUAUGGUUACAAAAUUGAAAAUAAUUAGAAAACGAUUAAAAUGUCCAUUAACACUAUCUGAAAAAAUUUUAUACUCUCAUUUAGAUGACCCUGAAAAUCAAGAAAUCGCCCGUGGUAAAAGUUAUUUAGCCCUUCGGCCGGAUCGCGUAGCCAUGCAAGAUGCCACUGCUCAAAUGGCCAUGAUGCAGUUCAUAUCAAGCGGACUGGCUCGAGUUCAGGUCCCGUCCACCAUCCAUUGCGACCAUUUAAUCGAAGCCACGACCCACGGCGGUCCUAGCGAUCUGAGUAAAGCUAAGCAACAAAAUGAGGAAGUUUAUCAUUUUUUAUCGUCUGCGGGUAGCAAAUAUGGCGUUGGAUUUUGGAAACCUGGAAGUGGCAUUAUUCAUCAAAUUAUAUUAGAAAAUUACGCGUUUCCGGGUGUACUAUUGAUUGGAACGGAUAGCCAUACCCCCAACGGAGGAGGAUUGGGCGGUUUAUGUAUCGGUGUUGGCGGUGCCGACGCGGUUGACGUUAUGGCCUCUCUACCCUGGGAACUCAAAUGUCCAAAUGUGAUUGGCGUUAAAUUGACAGGCAAAUUAAGGGAUUGGACAUCUUCCAAAGACGUAAUACUAAAAGUAGCGGGUAUUUUGACUGUCAAAGGUGGAACUGGCGCCAUAAUCGAAUAUUUCGGACCGGGUGUAGAUUCCAUAUCUUGCACGGGUAUGGGUACCAUAUGUAAUAUGGGUGCAGAAAUUGGGGCUACCACGUCGGUAUUCCCUUAUAACGUUUCCAUGAAAAGAUAUUUAGAUGCCACAAAGAGAAAAGAUAUCGGAGAUCUAGCAGACCAGUACAAGGAUCUUCUAGUUCCGGAUAAGGAUUGCCAUUAUGACAGGGUCAUCGAAAUUGAUUUAGACCAGCUAGGACCUCAUGUAAAUGGUCCCUUUACGCCAGAUCUAGCUCACCCGAUUGCGAAACUGAAAGACGCGGCCAUAAAGAACAAUUGGCCUUUAGAAAUUAAAGUUGGUCUGAUAGGCAGCUGCACCAACUCUAGUUACGAGGACAUGGAACGGGCCGCCAGCGUAGCUCGAGAGGCCUUAUCUCACGGCUUGAAAUCCAAAUCGGCUUUUACGGUCACACCAGGCUCCGAGCAGAUCAGGGCAACCAUAGAAAGGGAUGGGCAGGCGGAUAUUUUUAGAGAAUUUGGCGGAGUUGUUUUAGCUAAUGCCUGUGGCCCGUGCAUAGGACAAUGGGAUAGGCAAGACGUUAAAAAAGGCGAGAAAAACACAAUAGUCAGUUCCUACAACCGUAAUUUCACUGGCCGUAACGACGGAAAUCCCGGUACACACGCUUUCGUUACAUCCCCCGAACUUGUAGUCGCGAUGAGCAUAGAAGGGAGACUCGAUUUCGAUCCCGUUAACCAAGAGCUCACGGACAAAGACGGCAAAAAGUUUAAACUCUCAAGUCCGCACGGGAACGAAUUACCGGUUCGCGGAUUUGACCCUGGCGUGGACACAUACCAAAAACCGCCCAGCGAUGGCUCUGGCGUCAAGUUGGAAGUCGACUCCAAAAGUCAAAGACUUCAAUUGCUGACACCUUUCAAGCCUUGGGACGGCAAGGAUAUCAUCGACGCUCUCAUACUUAUCAAGAUUAAAGGUAAAUGCACAACCGAUCAUAUCAGCGCCGCUGGACCGUGGCUUAAAUACAGGGGCCAUUUGGACAAUAUCUCAAAUAACAUGUUCAUUGGUGCCAUCAAUAUAGUCAACGAUAAAGCGAAUAGCAUUAAGAAUCAGCUGACAGGCGAAUUCGACGCGGUUCCAGCCACGGCUCGUUACUAUAAAGCUCACAAUGUUAACUGGGUGGUUGUAGGCGACGAAAAUUACGGCGAGGGAAGUUCUCGAGAACACGCGGCUUUGGAGCCUAGACAUCUGGGUGGGCGAGCUAUCAUAGUCAAGAGUUUUGCCAGAAUUCAUGAAACUAAUCUAAAAAAACAGGGUGUCCUACCUUUAACUUUUGACAAACCAGCUGAUUAUGAUAAGGUACAACCAUAUGACAAAGUCUCCUUAUUGGACUUGAAAAAUUUAGCUCCAGGAAAACCAGUUAAAUGCGUUCUAAGUCAUGCCGACGGUUCGAAAACAACUAUUUACUUGAAUCACACCAUGAACGCGCAGCAGAUUGAAUGGUUCAAAGCCGGUAGCGCCCUCAAUAAGAUGUCUCAGCUAUUUCGCGAUAUGAAAGAAUCGAAACAAUGAAUAUUUUAUAGCUACCUAAUCAUAUUUCGCAACUUUUCUUGUCUACUUUUUUUUUAAAAAAUUCCAUCUACAGAAAUCCCUUGUUAGUUAAAUAUUUAAUUUAUUUUUUAAAAAAAAUUUAAUUCUGAUUUUUAAUCUCAACAAAACUUAUAAUUUCUUUUUUUAAACGCACAACAAUGUUUAAUAUUUGUAA